CAUUUUGAUGAGCUUUCCUCGAUGAGUUCACUGACUUCUGCUGAGUAUUUUUUUUUCAGAAACUUGUGCUGAAACAGGCUUCUAAACCCACCAGCACAUCACAUUCAACAUUCAAGGCCGCAUCCCUAAAAAAAAGGGAAAAUCUCAAGGUCGCAUCCCUAAAAAAAAAACAGCUUCUCAAGGCCGCACGACGCUCCCGAACGCCGCCCUCGGCCCUCGCCUACCUCUCUUCCUCGCCGGCGGCGAUGACCCCGCAGGGUAAGAGCAGCUCGCUGGAGCGCCUCCACGACGUUGAGCAGCGGAUAGUGCGGGUGGUGGAGCUGUCGGGCGCGGUCAUGGAGGAGCUCGGAAACUCGCAGGGUCCCCGCGCCGAGGCCGUAGCCGCCCACUGCCGCGAGUUCAUGCUCUAUAUGAAGGAAAUACAAACAACUAUGCGCGAGGAAAUAAAAAGUGCUUGUGAAUAUCGUCCAUUUGAGAAGUGCGACUAUAGUGCAAGAAUCGCUAACGAGAUUUGUUGCAAAAAGCUGGAGUAUGUAAUUGAGAAGAUGGAUGCCAUGCAACUAAACAUGGAGCAAAGUUCUAAUGGAGUUUAGCUAGUUAACUGGCACUCUAGUACCCGGUGGUGAGGCGGUUAUCUACAGAGCUACAGCUUGGAUCCGUAUGUGGUCGUUACUCACUCAUGCAGAUUUUAGGGAGCUUUUGGAUAUUGGAUGCAACCGCUAGGAGACGGUUGCACGGGCUAUCUUCAGCCGAUUUGGAUGGCGAGCUAAUAAUAGACUAGGUGUGUAGGCAUCGUAGUCUGUUCUUUAUCGCCGGAUGUGGCGCGUUAUUGCUGGAUGUGGCACUUUACAGAUUUAUUUUUUCUCUUGACUCGGUUUAUGAGCUUUCUUGGAACCUAAGACCUUGUUACGCUUUUUAAUAAUAUGGCUGCAUGCAUCGAUUGAUGCAGAGGCCGGAGGUCAACCUCCUUUUCUAAAGAAUAAAUAAAUAAAGCAUUUCAGCUC